UUAUCUCAGCCUGUGCGACUCCUGCAGCCAUGGAUGCCGCGCUGCUCCUCAACGUGGAGGGGGUCAGGAAGACCAUUCUGCACGGGGGCACAGGGCAGCUCCCCAACUUCAUCACUGGAUCCCGGGUGACCUUUCAUUUCCGGACCACAAAAUGUGAUGAGGAGCGGACGGUGAUCGAUGACAGCAAGCGGGCGGGCCAGCCCAUGCACCUUGUCAUCGGGAAUAUGUUCAAGCUGGAGGUGUGGGAAGUGCUGCUGACGUCCAUGCGGCUCAGCGAGGUGGCUGAGUUCUGGUGUGACACAAUCCACACCGGGGUCUACCCCAUCCUGUCCCGGAGCCUGCGACAGCUGGCCGAGGGCAAGGACCCCACAGAGUGGCACAUGCACACGUGCGGGCUGGCCAACAUGUUCGCCUACCACACACUGGGCUACGAGGACCUGGACGAGCUGCAGAAGGAGCCACAGCCUCUGAUCUUCCUGAUCGAGCUGCUGCAGGUCGAGGCCCCGAGCGAGUACCAGCGGGAGACCUGGAACCUGAGCAGCCAGGAGAAGAUGCAGGCGGCGCCCAUCCUCCACGGAGAGGGAAACCGGCUGUUCAAACUGGGCCGCUACGAGGACGCCUCCGCCAAGUACCAGGAGGCCAUCGUGUGCCUGCGCAACCUGCAGACCAAGUGUCUGUUGAAGAAGGAGGAGUACUAUGAGGUGCUGGAGCACACCAGCGACAUCCUCCGGCACCACCCAGCUGUGAGCGACUGA